UUCAGUUCAAGCUAUUUCUAGCUUAAGAUUUGAAAACCAAACACAUUUUCUUAUCACUGAGCGCCGGCAUGCCGCUGCACGUGACGGACUACGCGUGGACGCAGACAGAGUCCACGGUCUACAUCAACGUCCCGUUAAAAGGAGCGAAAGCCGGGAACGUUGACAUCAUGUUAACAGACGACUACCUGAAGGUGCAUUUCCCACCGUAUUUAUUUGAGGCUUUCUUGUUUGAACCCGUCGAUGAGGACAAAAGCUCAGCAAAGGUUGGAAAUGGGGUUGCCAUCUUCAGUUUGCCAAAGAGAACCAACAAACUGUGGGACCAUCUUACGAUAGCCACCAAUGAUAAAGAAACAAAGAGGGAGAUCAGAGAGCGAGCUCUGGAGAAACACCAGCAGAAGCUUUCUUCAGAGUCCAGACAUAAAGCAGAGAAACAGCAAGCUGAGAAAAAAUAUGCCCUGGAGACCAUGAUGAAGCUUGAAAAGAAGGAAAGAGACAGAAUCCAGCAGAUGAAGGAUGCAGAGCGAGAGAAAACCACCGCCGAGCUGGCAGCGUGGCAGCUGAGACAACGACAGGACGUCCAGCCAGACCUUCAUCAGAGAGACGGUCUGAACCAGCAGACAGGAAGCUCUGUGAGGCGGGAGACUGGGCCGGCUGCUGCUAGGAAGGUUCAGAGCGACGCCAAGAGCAAGAAAAAACAAGCCGAACUUCCUCCUCCGAGAGUCAGAGGAAACAUCCAGAUCACAUUCACCCCAAGAGUUUUCCCAACAGCCCUCAGGGAGUCGCACGUAGCCGAGGAAGAGGAGUGGCUCCAGAAACAAGCUGAAGCCAGACGAGCGGUGAGUGCAGAUGUGGAGGAGGCGAGAGACCUGACGGAGGAGGAGAGGAACCCUGACUGGUUGAAGGAGAAAGGCGACAAAUGCUUUGGGAAGGGAGACUACCUGGGAGCGGUGAACGCCUACAGCCUGGCCAUCCGGAUCAACUCAAAGAUUCCCGCUCUGUAUUCAAACAGGGCCGCAUGUCACCUCCAGUUAAGAAAUCUUCACAAGGCCAUCGAGGACGCCUCUCGGGCACUGGAGCUGUUGACUCCAGCGGUUGCCGCCAACGCUGCAGCCAGAGCCCGAGCCAGUGUACGCCGAGGAUCUGCUUUCUGCCAGCUGCAGCUCUAUGCUGAAGGGCUGCAGGACUACGAAGCUGCUCUGAAGAUCCACCCUCACCAUGAAGCGCUGCAGGCAGACGCACAGAGAAUCAGAGAGAUCAUCCAAGGCUCUGCAGCUGCUCCUGACUCUCAUAGAAACACCUGAAAGACGGUAACAGGUGCAUUCAGCCACUGCAGUUCUGUAUGUGUUGUAGGUCUUUAAGAAUCCACGAUUUCAGCUUUAUUAAACAGGUUUGAAAUGUUUUCUCAUUCCAUCAACUUUACAAAACAAGUCUGUAAUUUGCUCAGAUUAUUGGGAACUAAUCAAUAGACUAGUCGAUCGUCUAAAAUCUUCAUUGAAAAUGAACUAACAAAUCCAAUAAAUG